UUUAUGCCACCACUUCAAAAUGGCAGACGAAGUUUUGUUUGAUUUUCUUCACAUGGAACUUGUUUCCUAUAUUCACCAUUCCUGCGUUAAAGAAGACAAUGCAAAGGACACAAGUAUUGCUAAAUUAGAAUCCACAGGAUUUCGAGUAGGUCAAAGUUUGAUUGAAAGGUUCACAAAAGACAGUGCAAGAUUUAAGGAUGAAUUAGAUACCAUGAAAUUUAUAUGUAAAGAAUUUUGGAAUGCUAUUUAUAAGAAGCAGGUUGAUAAUUUACGAACAAAUCAUCAGGGUGUUUAUGUACUUCAAGAUAAUAAGUUUAAAUUUCUUACACAAAUUUCUAAUGGUAAACAAUUUAUGGAAUCUGCUCCAAAGUAUUUGGCUUUUCCAUGUGGACUUCUGCGUGGAGCAUUAUCAAAUCUGGGUGUAAAUUGUAUAGUCACAGCAGAAGUUAGUGCAAUGCCAGCAUGUAAAUUCCAAAUACAAAUACAGAGAUCGUGAUAUGUUAAUAUUUUAUUUUUGUCCCCCGCCUAUUAAAAUGGGGACUAUUAAAAUGGGUUCGUCCGUCUAUCUGUCCAUCCGUCUGUCUGUCACACUUCUUGGGACACAAUAACUCUUUCUAAUUGAGCUAGAAUAUUCAAACUUGGUGUAGGUAUUUAUUAGGUUAAUGCCUUGAUGGAGUUGGAAGAUGAACAUUUUCUGCUUAGGGUAAGCAGAGAUAAGCAAUUUGAUUGAUUGAUGCUUUGGGACACGAUAACUUUAGCUCUAAUUAAGUGAGAUUGAUGAAACUUGGUGUAUAGUUUCAUUACAUCAAUACCUUGACUAAGUUCGAUAAUGAGCAUUUUCUACUCAGGGUAAGCAGAGUGAUAAGCAAUUUGAUUGGUCAAGACUUUGGAACACAAUAACUCUCAUUCUAAUUGAGUUACAAUGUUCACACUUGGUGUAGGUGUCUAUUAGGUGAAUGCCUUAACCCUUUCACUGCGUAUACCCGGUAGUACCGGGUAUUAUAAAAUGUCGGUAAAAUGCCCGUACCCGGUAUUACCGUGUACUCAGUAAAGCCCUCGCUAAAAUUAGUACCGUAACUGCAAGUGCCAUCUAUUGUAUUUUCUAUACACUAGAACAUAUUUCCACGUGUUUCAAAGCAGCAAACCGUAAAAUGGCGGAGUGCAUUGUGACAACGUAGACGAUGCACUCUCGACGAAGUCGUGAAUGACGUCUUGCUGACCAACAUGUGGACAAUUUCGAGGCGGGUGAUACACAUAAUUCGUUUCCAGUUACUUGAUAAUGAUAGUAGUCAGGACAGUGAUUGGUAUUAUGAAGUGUGUGAUUUUUUGCGCGACGUUCCGCCCAUGGCUAGCUAUGUCUCCCGUGCAUGAUGAACAAGCCCAAUGUGAACACGAUAGCCCUGUGUCUGCAGUAGAUUCUGACAAUAAUUCUGAUGUUGAUAAUAAUGCUGGCCUGCUGGAUCGUAAAAUACGUAGGUAAUUCCUGAUUCCCGAACGUGUAGAUCUAUUGACUGACUAUAUUGAUAAUGAUAUGGGACUUGGGGAUGAAAGUGAAAGUAAAAACAAGGUAUUGCAAUCCGCACGUGGUCAUGGCAGCGGGAGACGUGAUGCGCGUGUUCGCGGCGGCAUUGCUCAUGGCUGCUAUUGAUAUUUUUGUUCAUUUUAUAUAUCUUUAUCAAAAUCCAGUAAAAAAAACAAUAUCUUUUAAGUAUU